UUAAGCUCUACGCACACGCAGGAAAAAAGAAAAUCAGCAGCAGCAGUAGCGAGAGGGAGAGAUUAGUUCAAAGAGGAGAGAAAAUGGGGGGAGGAAUGGAAACGAAUAAGAACAGAUUCAUUGAGGACUGGAGCACUGCGAGAGAGAACCUCGAGCACAACUUCCGAUGGACUCGCCGCAAUUUUGCUAUCGUUGGCUUAUUCGGCAUCGCCAUCCCGAUCUUAGUCUACAAGGGCAUCGUCAAAGAAUUUCAUAUGCAAGAUGAAGAUGCUGGCAGGCCAUACAGGAAGUUCCUAUGAGUUUUCUGCUGCCGAAUGUGUACCGCAAUAAUUUUGAGCAAAGUGAAAGUGGGCUUUCCUUGGGACCACAAAAGUUUAUCAUUUUCUGCCAAAUUAGGUGCUUGCUUUCAUUGAUCUCUAGCUUACAGUUAUGUACUUUGGAUUCUGCUUAUUUUCUAAUAAUUUCGCCGUUGUUAAUGUUGCAAGUUUCUGUUGCAUUGCAUUAGUUUGAUUGUGCUAAUACUUUGUUGGGUUUGCUUUCAAUGAACUUCUGGAGCUUAAUCACGAGUUCUUUCUCUGUGGCUGUCUGCACCUAUUGACAUGCAGAUUUAGGUUAUGUUUGGAAGAAUUUCAGAAUUUUUUUCAACUUAUUUGUAAAUAUACACUCAGACUAUGUCGGGAACAAAAUGAAGAUUUUGUGGAA